AUGGCCAUGUUAUCAUCAAAAGAGAAGAAAAACAGCAAGGAGAAUGGUGUAAUUAUCAGAUAUUACGUGGAAUUAGUGAAUAAUCGUUCGAAGAAGCAAACAAAGACGAAGGAAUAUGUUAGAAAUGAAUAUGAUCGUCGUGCUCAGCUUCUUGCUCAUUCUCGAUAUCUUAGAAAACCAGCGUCGGAAACAGUUUCAUUGCCGGUUAUUCAACCUAAAAGCAAGUUUAUAUCUUAUCAACCGGUUCGAAUCUGCUCUUGCUCCGCGUCAAUGGAGACUGUUCCGAGCUUAACUAUCCGGAGCAGAAAUGAACUCAAGGAGAAAAAAGAAGACAGACAAUCUGAGAAGAAAAAGUUCAAUGAAAAAUAUUCUCCCCUGAUUUUGGGGAAAAUGAACCACCUAUGGAAGCAGGUGUCAUGCAAAGGAAUAUAG